AUGUCUCCAAUGAAAAAAAAAUAUAAAAAUAAUAAACAAUCCAAAGAUUUAAUAAAAGUCAAAAAUAAAAUGAAUAAAAAAAAGAUCAAGCCAAAUGAUAAGGACGACGAUUUGGUUAUAGGAAAUAUACCAGAAUUAAAUAAAGAGACAAAAAAGAACCUCCCAAAAAUAAUUCAAAUAAAAAAAAAUACAAAAAAAUUAAAAAGGGAAAAAGAAUUAUUAAGCAAAUUAAAUUCUGAGGAAAAACAAAAAGCAGAGCAUAUACUUAAAGUACAAAAAGCCAUUUUGAAAUCACAAGGACAAAAAGUUUAUAAUGAAAAAAGUCUCAAGAAGAGGCAGAAAAAUAUGCAGACCAAAAAGGAUAAAUCCCGUAUGAAAUGGGAAAACAAAAAAAAUAAAGAGCAAAAAAAUAAAAAUAAAAAUAAAAAAAAUAAUAAAAAUAAAAAUAAACAUAAUAAAAAAUAA